AUGCGCAACUUGAAUGGCCACGAGCUUGCCGGUCGAAAUUUGCGAGUGGAUACCGCCACAAAUGAGCGCUUCAGGGAAGAGAUGAAGAAUCUGCAAACCUCCCUCACCGGCAACACUUUUGAAUCUCCAUACGGUGCCGAAGUUGAUCCAGAGGAGGCCCCUGAAACGAUUGCCAAAGUUGUGGCCAGUCUUGCGCCUGAACAGAUGGUGGAGCUGGCUCGACAGGUGAAGCACUGCGUAAUGACAAAUCCCGCCGAGGCGAGGAAUAUGCUAGUUCAAAAUCCUCAAUUGGCAUACGCUUUGCUUCAAGCAAUGGUGAUGAUUCGCGCCAUAGACGUGAAUGCCGCCUCUUCGGUGCUUUACAAGCAAAAUCCAGCCCCCAUGGUGAUACCUCCUGGAAACAUGGGGCCAGUUCCUGUGAUGCCGCCUCAGAUGAUGGGAAUGCCACCUCAGCAGGUCCCACACCCCGGAAUGAUGCCUGUUCAGCAGCCGCCGCCGCAGUCGAUGCCGCCUCCAAUGUUCGAUCACCAUCAGCUCGAUCAUCCGCAUGGCUAUAAUCGACCGCCUAUGGGAGGAGGGCCGCCGCCACCACCGCAGCAGCAGCAUCAGCCAGCCUUUGACUCACGGAACAUUGAUCCUCGGCUGCGACAAGCAGAUCCUCGAUCCAACGAAAUGUUUGAUCAUCGAGUGCCUACUGGUCCUCCUCAAGCGCCUGCUCCGCUUGACCCGCGAAUUCGUAACCAGCCUGUUGGCCCACCCGGAGUCAUUCGCGGUCCUUCGCAAGUUGCCCCGUCAGUGUUGGUACAAGCACCGCCGCAAGCAGCACAGCAAACGGCGCGACCAUCAUUUCCUCCCAUUCAACAAAACCCUUCAUUCCCGCCUAUUCGAGGACCAGCUCCUCUUGGUGUCGCUGGUGGUGGUCAGCCAAAUAUCCUGCCAUCGGAAAACAGUUUUCAGUCGGAGACGGAAAAGGCCCAGCUGAUCAUGCAGGUUCUUGCUUUGUCUGAUCAGCAGAUUGCCGUCCUUCCCGCUGAUCAGCGUCAAUCGAUCUUGCAGCUAAAGGAACAGCUCUGUAUUCAACGUGGCCAGUGA